AUGAAGAUUUUUUCCGAAUCUCAUAAAACAGUAUUUGUUGUGGAUCACUGCCCUUACAUGGCAGAAUCAUGCAGACAACAUGUUGAGUUUGAUAUGCUGGUGAAGAAUAGGACCCAAGGAAUCAUCCCAUUAGCCCCUAUAUCUAAAUCAUUGUGGACUUGCUCAGUAGAAUCUUCCAUGGAAUAUUGUAGAAUAAUGUAUGAUAUAUUUCCUUUCAAAAAACUGGUGAAUUUCAUUGUGAGUGACUCUGGAGCCCAUGUUUUAAAUUCCUGGACUCAGGAAGACCAAAAUUUGCAAGAGCUAAUGGCAGCAUUAGCUGCUGUUGGGCCCCCUAAUCCACGAGCAGAUCCAGAAUGCUGCAGUAUUCUCCAUGGCCUUGUUGCAGCAGUGGAAACCCUCUGUAAAAUCACGGAAUACCAACAUGAGGCCCGUACUCUACUAAUGGAGAAUGCAGAACGUGUUGGAAAUAGAGGGAGAAUAAUUUGCAUUACUAAUGCAAAAAGUGAUAGUCAUGUGCGAAUGCUUGAGGACUGUGUUCAGGAAACCAUUCAUGAGCAUAACAAGCUUGCUGCAAAUUCAGAUCAUCUCAUGCAGAUUCAGAAGUGUGAGUUGGUUUUGAUCCAUACCUACCCUGUUGGUGAAGACAGCCUUGUAUCUGAUCGUUCUAAAAAAGAGUUGUCCCCUGUUUUAACCAGUGAAGUUCAUAGUGUUCGUGCAGGACGGCAUCUUGCUACCAAAUUAAAUAUUUUAGUACAGCAACAUUUUGACUUGGCUUCAACUACUAUUACAAAUAUUCCAAUGAAGGAAGAACAACAUGCUAACACAUCUGCCAAUUAUGAUGUGGAGUUACUUCAUCAUAAAGAUGCACAUGUAGAUUUCCUGAAAAGUGGUGAUAGCAGUAGAGAAGGCUCGUUUAAAGAAACAAUAACAUUAAAGUGGUGCACACCAAGGACCAAUAACAUUGAAUUACACUAUUGCACUGGCGCUUAUCGAAUUUCACCUGUAGAUGUAAAUAGUAGACCUUCUUCCUGCCUUACUAAUUUUCUUCUGAAUGGUCGUUCUGUUUUAUUGGAACAACCACGAAAGUCAGGUUCCAAAGUCAUCAGUCAUAUGCUUAGUAGCCAUGGAGGAGAGAUAUUUUUGCACGUCCUUAGUAGUUCUCGAUCCAUUCUAGAAGAUCCGCCUUCAAUUAGUGAAGGAUGUGGAGGAAGAGUUACAGACUACCGGAUCACAGAUUUUGGUGAAUUUAUGAGGGAAAACAGAUUAACUCCUUUUCUAGACCCCAGAUAUAAAAUCGAUGGAAGUCUUGAGAUCCCUUUGGAACGAGCAAAAGAUCAGUUAGAAAAACACACCCGUUACUGGCCUAUGAUUAUUUCACAAACCACCAUUUUUAACAUGCAAGCGGUAGUUCCAUUAGCCAGUGUUAUUGUGAAAGAAUCUUUGACAGAAGAAGAUGUGUUAAAUUGUCAGAAAACAAUAUAUAACUUAGUUGAUAUGGAAAGAAAAAAUGAUCCUCUACCUAUUUCCACAGUUGGUACAAGAGGAAAAGGCCCUAAAAGAGAUGAACAAUACCGUAUCAUGUGGAACGAAUUAGAAACCCUUGUAAGAGCCCAUAUCAAUAACUCGGAGAAACAUCAAAGGGUAUUGGAAUGUCUGAUGGCCUGCAGGAGCAAACCCCCAGAAGAAGAAGAACGAAAGAAACGAGGAAGAAAGAGGGAGGACAAAGAGGACAAAUCAGAGAAAGCAGUAAAAGAUUAUGAACAGGAGAAGUUUUGGCAAGAUUCAGAGAGAUUAAAAGGCAUCUUAGAACGUGGAAAAGAAGAAUUGGCUGAAGCUGAAAUUAUAAAAGAUUCUCCUGACUCCCCAGAACCUCCAAACAAAAAGCCCCUUGUUGAGAUGGAUGAAACCCCACCAGUAGAAAAAUCAAAAGGACCAGUGUCUUUAUUAACCUUAUGGAGUAAUAGGAUCAAUACUGCCAAUUCGAGAAAACAUCAGGAGUUUGCUGGACGUUUAAACUCUGUUAAUAACAGAGCUGAGUUAUAUCAACAUCUUAAAGAAGAAAAUGGAAUGGAGACAACGGAAAAUGGAAAAGCCAGCCGGCAGUGA